UUCAGAAGUAAACCGUCUGUCAGUGGCCUCUCAGUACUGCUCAAGUAAUUAUCAAAAAACCUUUUUGUUUAAUCCUAAGCACGAAUUAUUUAUCAAUACCUUUCGUUUAUCUUUCAAUUAUCUGACAAUUUAAUCAUUUCUGAUAUUUAAAUCAGUGGAAUCAGUGGAAUCAGUGGAAUCAGUGGAAAUAGUGCAGACAGUGCAGACGUGCAGACGUGCAGAUGUGCAGAUGUGCAGACGUGCAGACGUGUGAUUAAAAAAAAUAAUCUCCCAUCUCUAAAUCAUAAAUCAUAAUCCCAGUCUCUUGAUCAGUUCCCCAGAUCAUCGACUACUCACUCAUCAAAUUAAUUUAUAAUUAAAUAAUUAUUGGAUUGGGAGAUUCAGUGGAGGGACACAGAGGAAUAAAAUAAUGAUGAAUCUAGAAGACAAGGAGUUGUCUCUUCAAUCAAGAAAUAUAUCCGGACAAUUGGAUUAAGAUUCAGUCGAUGAUUCACGGAAUUAUUGGCGAAGACUUAUGGAAAUCAUGCAACUCGUACGCAAUAAUCUUUUGCACUUCAAGAAACGCUUGAAGAAAAGUGGAAGUUCACCUUCAAGACAAAAUGAGCAAGAGUGUAGAAUUGUUGUCUGGCACCGAGGACGGUGAAGCACACGAUCAAUCAGAAAAAGCAGAUAAAUCCCACUUGAACCUCAACGGCAAGAGACAAUUGUCGAGGAGUGCUACGGAACUCAGGGCUAAUGAUGAUGAGACAAAUCGUCCAGCAUCGAGUACUGAGCAUCGACGAUCUCAUCAUCAACCUCAUCCUCAUCAUCGACCAGUUGCAUCAGUUGCCCAGAAAACUCACACAUUUUUUGCCUCGUUGAAGAGUAGAUGGGUAAGAGGACGGAGUAAAGAGAGAAAAAAGGGUAAAGAAUCUAAUCCCCAGGAUUCACCUCAUCGAGCUGGUGGGAUUGAGUCAGAUUAUGCUGCUGAUUACUCCUCCGAGCACAGCAGAAGCUCUUCAGCAACUCACAGUCCUGCCAGGAUUAUCAAUCAUCCAGGAUCCCCCCUAGCACGAAGCAACAAAGACAAAUCAGUGGAAGACAGUCCAGGAAGAUGCAGCGAUGUCUCCUCAAAAAGCAGCCACCCCAGAUCACGAGAAGCAGAUGCUGAAGAAGAGGCUGGUCCCUCCACUGCCCCCGAGACCGGGAUAAUCCAUCAGGACGAGAACUCAAGACGUCGUGAAGUAGCUCUCAGACAAUAUGCCUUCUUCCAACUUCGUCUGCACAUUCGCAAAGGCGCAAAUCUCGUCGCCAUGGAUCGAUGUGGCGCAAGUGAUCCGUACGUGAAAAUCAAGUGCUCCGGUCGUUUACUACACAAAUCUAGGACUGUUCAUCGUGACCUUAAUCCUAUCUGGGAUGAGAGCGUUACUUUACCCAUUGAGGAUCCGUUUCAACCUCUUAAUAUCAAGGUAUUUGAUUAUGACUGGGGUCUUCAAGAUGACUUCAUGGGUGCAGCAGUAUUGGAGUUAACUCAACUGGAACUAGGACAACCACACGAUAUAACUCUUGAAUUGAAGGAUCCAGCAAGACCACGUCAGCAUUUAGGAGAAAUAUUCCUGACAGUGACACUCUGGCCUCGCAACCAACAAGAAAAAGAGCAGUAUUUCCAGCGUACAAACAGACUGGCGGAUGUCAAUCGAAGAUUAAAAUCACAGAUAUGGAGUUCAGUAGUGACAAUUGUCCUCGUCGAGGCGAAGAACCUGAUUCCCAUGGAUAUGGAUGGCUCGUCAGACCCUUACGUAAAAUUCAGACUGGGAACCGAGAAAUACAAAUCGAAAGUCGUCAACAAGACGAUAAAUCCAGUGUGGCUGGAGCAAUUCGACCUGCACCUGUACGAGGACCCAUACCUGGGUCAGGAGCUAGAGGUGACAGUGUGGGAUCGAGACAAAGGCCACCAGGAUGACCUAAUGGGGCGAACGACCAUCGAUCUAGCUGGUCUCGAGAGGGAAACAACUCACCGGAUCUGGCGUGACCUAGAGGAUGGUGCUGGCAAUAUUUUCCUGCUGUUAACAAUCAGCGGUACCACAGCCAGUGAAACAAUAAGUGAUCUCGCAGCUCAGGAGGAUAAUCCCAAGGAGAAAGAACGACUCUUCCAGAAGUACUCCAUCUGGAACAGCCUCCAGCGUCCCCGUGACGUGGGUCAUCUGACAGUCAAGGUGUACCGAGCUCAAGGAUUAGCAGCAGCUGAUCUUGGAGGCAAGAGCGAUCCCUUCUGCGUCCUGGAGCUCGUCAACUCACGUCUCCAGACGCAAACCGAAUACAAAACCCUCGCCCCGAAUUGGCAGAAGAUCUUUACAUUCAAUGUCAAGGACAUAAACUCAGUCCUAGAGAUAACGGUUUACGAUGAGGACAGAGAUCACAAGGUGGAGUUCCUAGGAAAGAUAGCUGUUCCAUUAUUGAGAAUAAGAAAUGGUGAGAAACGGUGGUACGCCUUGAAAGACAAGAAGCUGCGGUGCAGGGCUAAGGGUAAUUCACCCCAAAUUCUCCUGGAGAUGACGGUUGUCUGGAAUUAUCUGAGGGGAUGCGUCAGGACGUUGAAUCCUAGGGAGCAGAAGUACAUGGAGCCAGAGGUGAAGUUCAAGAGACAAUUGUUCUUGCGUAAUGUAUUGAGACUUAAAGCUGUCAUAAUGUUUUUCAUUGAUCUUGGAAAAUACAUUCAGAGCUGUUGGGAGUGGGAGAGCAAAACGAGGAGCAUUGUAGCACUCGUUCUAUUUGUCCUUGGGUGCUAUUAUUUUGAGCCUUGGAUGAUUCCUGCAGCAGCUCUUCUCAUCAUCCUCAAGUAUUGCCUAGUGUCUCUCCUGACUGCUGACGCUAAGUCCUUGUCUUAUCACUCAGUGUCGAGCUAUCAGGAUGGAGAUGUGAACUCUGAUGAUUGCCCACCGACUCCUGGGGAUGACGAUGAGGACGAGGAUGAUAAGGACAAGGAGGAGAAGAAGAGCCUCAAGGAGAGACUUCAAGCCAUUCAGGAAGUCACACAGACUGUGCAAAAUUCUAUUGGAUAUAUUGCUAGUUUAUGUGAGAAGGUCAAGAACUUGUUUAACUUUACAGUUCCUUAUUUGAGUUAUUUGGCUAUGGUACUGGCUGUCAUGGGGGUUGUUGUCUUGUAUUGUGUACCUGUUAGGUAUUUGAUACUCAUGUGGGGGGUCAACAAGUUCUUCAGGAAAAUCCUCAGGCCACAUUCUGUACCCAAUAAUGAGGUGCUUGAUCUUAUCUCCAGUGUUCCUGAUGAUGAGGAUCUACUCAGUUACAGGGAAUUAAAGCCGAUGCCAACGGCUGAUUGUGAACGUGGUGCAUCAUCAUCACCGAGUACUAGUGCCGCUGGCAGACGUGAACAGCGAAAAAAGCACAAAGGGGCGUAACGAAAUGUCCCGCGGCCAGAAGUCGCGGGGAGGCGUACAAGUAUCCUGAAGACGGUGCUGAUGCGAGGAAAGCAACUUGCACAGCAACAUUGCCGCAAGGGAUCCACGGAACUUCUCCAACACCUAAAAGACUGAAAGGACUGAGUGAAAAAUUCAAACGGCACGAAAAAAUGUCGAACACAUGAACCAGAUUUCAUAAUUUGUUUAGAGAAAAAAAAAAUAUAUAGUUCCGUGGUACCGAGACAAGAUAAUGAAAAUGUUAUUAUUCAUUCUAGUCUUUAGACCAGGGUAGACGCCGCAUAACCUGUGAUGGAAUGUCAAAUGCUAUUUAAUUAUUUAGGGUAUUUAGAUUCCACUGAAAUCUAGAUUUGCCAUUAAUUUGCAUUGUUAACGAGUUUUUAAAAACAGGUAAAUAAUCGGUAGAAGAAAAGUUGUGAAAUUAUGUCCUUCAGGUUUUAUUUGAAAUUGUUUAUUAAAUAAUCUAAAUAAUAUCGUUCAUUUGUACUUUCAGAUACAGAUUUAUUUGAGAAGAAUAUAUUUAUUCAUCAUAUUAGUCUCUAAUUAUAUAAUUGUUUAAAUUCAGAUUUUGUUUAUUUCGUGAGCUCAGGAAAUCAGAAAAGUCAAUAACAAUCACGGAUUUUUAAUAUAAAUUCGAGAGAUAUAUUUAUCAAAAUUGUUUUUAUCAGUUGUUUUUCUCAGAUAAAAAUG